GCUGUACUGCAACGACUGCAACGUCCGGGCUUUGUAUUGUUUGCAGCAAUCGUUGUUUUGGAAGAGGUCUGUAUCCUGACAUUUGACCCCAGAUUAAAAUACGAUUUCUCUUAGCUUUUUGGAUUUAGAUUGCUAACACUAAAAAAGUUUGUCACCAAGGAAAUAUAAAAAGGCACCAUGUUACAGUUUCCAGUUACAGACACAUAUUGGUGAGCCGAAAGACUAAUGUCAAAAAUAAAUAGAAGAUCUUUCUAACCCUGCCGCUAGUAGGAAUCAUUGAAAUGUACCGAACGUGUUAUACAGUCCUGGCUGCUGUUUUCGCCUUUUGUCAGUGUAACAGAUGCGGACUUAUUUGAAGUAUUACCGGUACUGUAUUAUACAUAUUGUUAGUGUUGUGUAUCCUAAAGUUUUGCAAUUAUUAUUUUGGUUGAUAGUCUUGUUUUUCUAUGAAUUAGUUUUUUGUUUAUUGGUUGUGCCUUGAACAAUUUAUUUCUUGUUUGGCAUCAAGUACAGAAAUAUUAGAAAUAAUAUUCUGUUAUUCAUUUGUAUGGGUCAACCACAUAAAAGCGAUGAAAUGAGUGUCGAGGGUUCACCUCUGAAUGGGUCCUCAGUAGAAGACUGUCGAGAACUUUACAAUUUUGGGCAUGCCCCAUUUGAAGUGAUACAAAAAUUUCAAGACUUCUGCAUGGCAUAUUCGUCACUUUCCGCAGCUCUUGUUGAUAUUUUAAAACGAGAAAUGCUCCUGAAAAGAAAAUACAUUUUCAUUUCAAGCCCUGUGAUGUAUCAAAUGCUGGCAAAGCCAACACAAAAUGAUUCAGAACAAGUUUUGAAAAAUGCUUUUGAAGCAUUGAAAAGAUUUGCUCGAAAAGGACGCUAUGAUUCAGUUGCAAAUGCAAUCGAAGAAUUGCUUUUUUCUCCGAUAGAAGCAUCGAAAGCAUUUUGUGAUAAGUCAACAUGGACUUGUGGGAAUGUGGGAUCGAACUACACGGAACUUAGCGAAAACCAACAAGUUGUUUUAGAACAAAUAGCUGAUGCUUUAAUUGGGAGACUAGUAGCUGUAGCACCUGAAAAGCAUCGACGCAGUAAGAAGACAACUAAAAGAAAUAAAGAUAGAACCUCACCUAAAUCUAAGAAAAGCAAAAAUGAUGAAACGCUUUCAGAACCGGCUAUUAUCAAACUUAAUGUGAACAGCAAUGAAAUAGAUGAUGGCAAAGAUAUAAAGUUGCCAAAAACCUUAAAAUCGCAAAAUAAUCAUUUAUGUCUCAACACUGCAACUCAUUCCACUAAAGUUAAUCAUUUAUUCAAUGCAGUGGAUGCAGACAUGGUUAUUCCUAUUCAACAUUUUGUGAGAAAUAAUUUGAAAAAAAUCAAACUAAAGAAUCGGGUUUUCGAUGAAACUUUAGAGAUUACAAAAUCAGUAUUUUGUGAGAAUUUUCUACAUUUAUUACCAUCUGAACAUGAAAGCAAAUCUUGAAUUUAUAACCUUCAUUGAAACAGGAAAAAAUUGAAAACGAGUGUUUGUGUGAUGAAUUCUUUAUUCAAAAGUGUAGCAUGUGACGCAGGUGAGAUUGAUGACUAUUCACAGUGUGGAGUUGAAAAAAAAAAUUGUUUGUAGUUUUGAGAACUAUACACAAAGUAAAUUUAGCAUAUUGCAUGAUUUACACCAAAAAAUGCCAAAUUUAUAAAUCAAGAUAUUCUUAUUUUUUUCAAUUUACAGUCGACCUUUUUGUUGGGGAUAGUCAUUCAUGAAUAUUUGUCUGCCAAGUCCAGGUCUGUUUCAAGCCUGGAUUUAGUUUUGCCACAAACCAUGUACUUAAUAAAAUUUCUUUGAAGUUGGCGAUAUGGGAGUACUUAUUCCCUCCUAUUUCUAAUGGUUGCUUUGAUAUAGUAAGUUCAAAAUAAACAUUAGAAAUGUUGGAAAACUUCCA